CCACCUUUCAUCAUUGCUCAUCAAUCCCUCUUCCUUAUUCCCCUAUUCCCUAAUCCUUAUCCAUAUCCAAUAACUUAAUGUAUAAAUAGUGCUUCAAAAAGCCCCAUCAUAACCUACACAAUAUACUUUCUUCAAAACUAACCUCAUUCUCAUACAAUGUCCACCGAUCUCUCCGUCAUUCUCCCUCGCGUUCUAAUCGUUUCUAGACGAAGCGUUCGCAAGAACAAGUUCGUUGAUUUCGUUGGUGAAUAUCACCUUGAUCUUAUAGUAGGGUAUGGCGCGGUGCCCGUGAUUGUUCCUCGUGUUUCCGGGGUGCACAUGUUGUUGGAUAGCUUCGAGCCAAUCCACGGUGUGCUUCUCUGUGAAGGAGAGGACAUUGAUCCCUCAUGGUACGAGGAAGACACGUCGGGUCUAUCACAAGAGGAAUUGGAAGAGAUUAGAAGGCUUCACGCAAGUGACACAGCCAUUGACAAAGAGAAAGAUUCAAUCGAGUUGAGCCUCGCCAAGCUAUGUCUCGAGAGGAACAUUCCCUAUUUGGGAAUCUGCAGGGGCUCACAGAUCCUGAAUGUUGCAUGUGGGGGUACCCUUUACCAGGACAUAGGGAAGGAGCUUUCAGUUAAGUGCCUCGAGAGCCAGAGGGUGAUGCACAUAAACUAUGAUGAUUAUGAUGGGCAUAGGCACGAUGUGGAAGUGGUUGAAAACACCCCUUUGCAUCAUUGGUUUAAGGAUUCUUUGGAAGAAGGGAAAAUGGAUAUUCGGGUUAAUAGCUACCACCACCAAGGGGUAAAGAGAUUGGCACAACGUUUUGUGCCCAUGGCUUUUGCCUCUGAUGGUUUGAUUGAAGGGUUUUAUGACCCUGAUGCUUAUAAUCCAGAAGAGGGUAAGUUCAUUAUGGGAUUGCAGUUUCACCCUGAGCGUAUGAGGAAGCCUGAUUCUGAUGAAUUUGAUUACCCAGGAUGCCCCUUUGCUUAUAAGGAAUUUGUAAAGGCAGUUGUUGCUUAUCAGAAGAAGUUGAACAACUUGGCAUCCAUCCAAAAGCCUGUUAAGCUUAACAAGGAAAUGGAAAACAAAAGGAAGAUUAUAGUGCGUAGUUUCUCACUUGCAAAAAACCUCUACAACGCUGGCCGUGGAACCAACGCCACCAAAGUGUCUGAACUUGAAGCCGGGGCAGAAUUUCUUGAGUCCAACACAGCCUUGAGUGUGCAGCAAGAGAAUAGGUUAAAGCAAAUGGGUGCAACGGUUAGAAAUGCAGGGUCCUACAUAGAGAGAUUGAAGCUGAAUGAGGAAAGAGAAAAAAUGGCAAGAAAGGUAAUGGAGAAAAUGUCAAUGGAACAGUUGUCUGAACUCUUGUCUUUCUAUCAUACUAUGGGCCAGAUUUGCUCAGAAGUAUUGGAUAGAAAGAUACAUGGCCUUGUCAAUGACUCCGGUUCAUGAUUUUUUUUUCCUUGGCUUAUCAUGCAUUGACCAUGCAACAUUUGUUAUUGUUGCUAGUUAGAUUUGCACCUUUCUUUGUCAUACUCACUCAAUGAUGGUUAGGGGAAAAGUUGAGUUUGAGUCUUUUACUAAUAUUCUGUAUGUUUUGGGUACAUCUAUCACCUGUGUAAAGAGCAGAUAGCUACUAGCUUUUGGAAAAAAAAAUUCAAAAGGCAGAUGUUACGAGCAGUGAUUAAGACAAAAAAAAUUAUUUGAAAAUA